GGCAUCUUGAAAGCGGAAACUUCAAUAAGUAAACGAAAAACGAGAAAUCGACUACAGCAAUGGAUCGCAAGGCAUAAACCAUAAUUACUUUCCGGCAACACUUAAAGGCGUACAAAAUUUGUAUAUUACCAAAUAUCCAUAGGUCUGCACUGCCUGCAAGUUUAACGCUCAGAUAUAUACAAUCAAGUCGAUCUGAAAAUUCAGGAUAAAAGUUCAUAUGUAUCGAAAUCAUUGUGUACUAUAUUGGGUCAUUGAAAAAGACUGCAUUAAGCGGCUAGGGCUUUUAAGCUGUAUUAUUAAAUAUAACAUUUGUCAACUCUGAGUCGCAGACCACAUGUGUAUAAAUAAUUGUGUCUACAUAUCGUAGUGAAAAAAUUUGAUUGUGCAUUUUCCUACUAAUAAAAUAUAAUAAUAUGGAAUAUCAAUUAAAUAUGCCAAUGUAAUAAAUGUAUAUGAUAUAAGCAAACAUUUUUGAUACAUAAUUGGUGGUCAGCGGAGCGCAAACAUAAAUUCUUAAAUCAAAUAUUCCUGGGGCGGAAAUAAAAUUUUGCAAAAGCACGCGCCAGGCUAUAAUGUCUGCUAUUUCCUCUCAUAUAAUUGGAAUUAGCACCACGGGAUACACACCUACGACAACGUCGUCUCUAAUAACUGCAUUCUUAAGGCCAAAUGCGUCUGCUGAGAAUGGGCCAUCGACAACAUGCACUUCCACAUCAACGGAAAUAUUAACCGCGUUGUCGUCCUUACCAUCUGACUGUGAUGAUUUAGUUGAUAUUUCAAAACCUAUAACACAAAAUAUGCAUUAUUCAGGAACUUCAACAUUUAAAAGAUUAUACGCUGAAUCAUCCACUGGUAUGACAGCAACAUCAUCCGUCACAGUCCAGUCGCAACUUCCAAUCAUGUCAUCAGCCGAAGAUGCUUGCUCGUUUAAAAUCAUGUCCGGCGAAGCUAUAUCCGCUCCAAUGCCCUCGACGAUAAUGUCUUCGCCUGUGUCUACAAAUAUUAACGCAUUAACUGCGCCCUCUGGAGGAUCAACACAUUUACUCUUUAACAGUCUUGUUUCGGUCGACCGUACACAGCAACAAAACUCACAUAGACUUCUAGUGGAAGAUCAAAGGACAUUGCAACUCGCACUAGAGCUAUCAAUAGUAGGUUUAAAUGAUGCGGCUACAAGCACGGUUUGUUCAUCAGACCAGACACCUUCCAAUAACAAUCGUAAUAUGAUUAACAAUGCAAACAUGCAUUCGGCGAUUUAUCAACAGCAGAUAGGAGCGCAUCAGCAUGUAAUGUCAAGCGCACAACAGGAACAUUUGAAUCAAAAGAUUGAUUUAAAUACACUUAACGCUAUGAAUGCCGCCGUUUCUGCCAUUGCAAACGCCAACAAUGGGCAUAUUGAAAGUAAAGUGAAUGAUACAGUGGCAAGCACCAAUAGUAGCCAUAAUAGUAGUGUAAUAUUGAAUAAGUUUUCGGUGUCGAAUCCACUGUUACCUAAUGCAAUGGAGGAUCGUUCAAAAAAAUCCCAAAACAUGACGGAAUGUGUGCCAGUUCCAAGUUCGGAACAUGUCGCAGAAAUAGUAGGCCGCCAAGGU